AUGGACGACGACCUUGUCCUCAACCUUGCCUCCGACGAUUCUACUCCUAAUGGUAAAGGGAAAAGCAGCGCGAGGAAAGGUGGACGUUGGACAGAAAGAUUGAAGGCGAAAAGAGUAGCCAAGCGGAAGGCUCGACCAGGAGACCUGGAGAGUGUCAAUGUACAACCAGAGGUGGCUGAAGAACGACCCUCGAAACGACCACGGACAGCUGCUGUUGCUCCUUCAAAUCAUGAUCGGCCCGCUGCUCCUUCUCGUCCCAGCACUCAAAUCAUCUCUUCCCUUUUCUCUUACAAUCCGACGGUCAAUAUCCCAGAUAAACCGAAAAUACCCAAGUCCCUCGCUCGUCCCAGCAAUGCCCCCCUGACAGACUCUUCUUCUUUCGCAGGGCUUGGUGUGGAUCCACUGCUAGUCACGCACCUGUCAAAUAAGAUGGACAUUUCAAAACCGACCUCUAUACAACGUGCGACCCUCACCGCUAUGCUUUCUUCCUCAGGCGCAGACAAGGAUAUAUUCAUCCAGUCACAAACCGGGUCCGGAAAGACGUUAUCCUUUCUCAUUCCCAUAAUCCAAGACCUGUUGCCGCUGAGUAGUCUCUCGUAUAUUGACCGGUCAAUUGGUACCCUGGCUAUCAUAAUAGCGCCAACGAGAGAGCUCGCAAAACAGAUAUCGGAUGUAUUAGAAGCACUACUCAAAAUGCGUCUACGCCCAGAAGACGAGUCUGCCAGUGACGCGUCUUCAACACGCCUAACACGCUGGCUUGUAUCCGGUUUACUCACAGGAGGUGCCACGCGUACUCAUGAAAAAGCUCGUCUGCGCAAGGGACUCCCCAUCAUUGUAUCAACACCUGGUCGACUCUUGGAUCAUUUGCAAAACAGUGCGUCCUUCAACGUUGGAAAAUGUCGUUGGUUGGUACUGGAUGAAGCAGAUCGCCUGAUGGAACUAGGGUUUGAGGAAACCAUUACGGGCAUUCUGAACGGCCUAAACGGCAGGAGAAAUCUGGCUAUCCAAGCCGCACAGGAAGGAGUUGGAAGAGAUGUCGGUGGUUGGAAUUGGGAACGUCGCAGGCGGACUGUGCUUUGUUCUGCAACUAUACGAGAGGAUGUUCAAAAGUUGGCUGGGGUAGCCCUCGUCGAACCUUUGAUGAUCAAGGGAUUCGAAACGGACCCACAGAGCAAGUCUGCAACGUCCAAGAACACUCCACCUGAAGCAGCUUCUGGUCCAGAGCAGUUCACUCCCCCUUCCCAGCUGUCGCAGAAAUAUGUCGUUGUUCCUUUGAAACUGCGGCUGGUGGUUUUGGUCGCCCUCUUACGCACCCUCAUUGCUCAGUCCCAACGCGGAAAUAAAGUGGUCGUUUUCUUUAGUUGCACAGAUUCGGUGGACUUCCACUGGCAGCUUCUUGGCGGUUCGAUGAUGCAGGGUGAUGUGUCGCAGGAAGACGGUUCUGAUGAUGAUUCUGAUGACCAAAAUGAAGCAGAUGCUGAGAAAGAGGAUAAACAGAUUAUUGAAGUCCAGUCUCCACUCCUACCAGACACAUCCAUAUAUCGACUUCAUGGAUCAUUGGCCACGCGCCCACGUCUAGCGUCUUUACGCGGAUUCUCGAACUCUGGGAAAUUGAAAUCAUCUACGCAUUCCUCCAUUCUUUUUUGCACCUCCGUGGCUUCCCGUGGGCUUGAUCUCCCUCUAGUACGAGCGGUAGUGCAAUACGACCUGCCCACGGAGGGAGGGGAGACCGAGUACGUCCAUCGAGUCGGCCGUACAGCCAGAGCUGGGAAAGGCGGUGAGGCUUGGAGUAUAGUCGCACCUAGCGAAGCUGAAUGGAUCAAGUGGAUAGAAGGAAAGAUGAACAGCGACGAUAAACAAGGGAAGGUAUCGUUGGAAGGCACUUCUGUGGAUACCUUACUGCAAAGCGGGUUCGGCGGUAAAGGGAGCGAAUCUGAAGGUCGCGCUACUGAUGUACAGUUGUCUUUUGAACGAUGGGUUCUCAGCAAGAAAGAUAAUAUCUCCCUCGCUCGCAAGGCCUUUUUGUCGCAUAUGAGGGCAUACGCUACCCAUCCUUCAUCGGAGAAACAUAUAUUCCAUGUACGGCAUCUUCAUAUCGGACAUCUGGCCAAGGCAUUUGCCCUGCGAGAUGCGCCCAAAACUAUAACUGGUAGCGGCCAAUCACAAGGUAAAAAGUCAGGCGGAAAGAAGGGUAUUCGUGACGCCCGUCAUAAAGACAUUGAAUCGCGCAUGACCGAAGUUGUCCGCUCCCAGGGCCGCUUAUCCAAGAAGGGGGGUGUCAUGAACAGAAGUGGGACAUCUGAAUUCCAGAUCGCUGGGGGGGAUGCACUCGAGAAGCUGGUGAACCGGAUGGGAUCAUGAUAUCAGUUGCAGGUUGGGCGAUGUUAAAAUCAUGUACUUGCAGUGCCUCUAGUCGAUUUUUUUGCGCGGCCCUCACAAUCCGGAUCAACUGCAGCUGUGGUUGAGGCAGUGUGGUUGAGUAAACUUACGCAGCGCCCAAGGAUCUUCCGACGAGUAAUAUCUUUCAGGAGUAGAUCCGUAGCGCCGAGGUUAAAUUCUUAAUAUAUACACAGGCGGACGCAAUGAUAAAUGACGUAC